AUGACGACAAUGGAUCUCCGCGUCGGCAAUAAGUACAGAAUCGGCCGCAAGAUUGGUAGCGGUUCCUUCGGUGACAUCUACCUCGGCACUAACAUCAUCUCGGGCGAGGAGAUUGCUAUCAAGCUCGAGAGUGUCAAGGCUAAGCACCCUCAGCUUGAGUAUGAGGCUCGUGUCUACAAGUCCCUCGCCGGCGGUGUCGGUAUCCCAUUCGUGCGCUGGUUCGGCACCGAGUGCGACUACAACGCCAUGGUCCUCGAUCUGCUGGGUCCUUCACUCGAAGAUCUCUUCAACUUCUGCAACCGCAAGUUCUCGCUGAAGACCGUCCUUUUGCUCGCCGAUCAGCUCAUCUCCCGCAUCGAGUACAUCCACGCAAAGUCCUUCAUCCACCGUGAUAUCAAGCCUGACAACUUCCUCAUGGGCAUUGGCAAGCGUGGCAACCAGGUCAACGUUAUCGAUUUCGGUCUGGCCAAGAAGUACCGCGAUCCCAAGACCCACUUCCACAUCCCGUACAGAGAGAACAAGAACCUGACUGGUACCGCUCGUUACGCUUCCAUCAACACCCACUUGGGUGUCGAGCAGUCCCGCCGUGACGACAUGGAGUCUCUUGGAUACGUCAUGCUCUACUUCUGCCGCGGCUCUCUACCCUGGCAAGGUCUUAAGGCGGCUACUAAGAAGCAGAAGUACGACCGCAUUAUGGAGAAGAAGAUGACUACCCCUACCGAGGUCCUCUGCCGUGGCUUCCCCAACGAGUUUGCCAUCUACCUGAACUACACCCGGUCUCUCCGCUUCGACGACAAGCCCGACUACUCCUACCUCCGCAAGAUCUUCCGCGACCUCUUCGUCCGUGAGGGCUUCCAGUACGACUAUGUCUUUGACUGGACUGUCUACAAGUACCAGAAAAACGCCCAGGCCAUCGCUCAGGCUGCUGGUCAGGGUCAGGGCGAGGAGGAUGACAAGGGCCGCGGACGCCUAGUCACCACCACUGCCGCUGCCAACGCUGGCACUGCGGCCGGAGCCAAGCGCGGACCGGUCAAUGCACGCCAGGAGGGCACCGGAAUGUGA